AUGUCAUUGAGAUUGUAUUCAUCUUAAUACUUCUAUUACAUUAUCUCAUCUUAUUGCUAUAGAGAAGUUUCAAAGAGAAAUUACGAACUUGAACAAGUUAAGUUCUAGCUUUAAGGAAAGAAGGUUAGAGAGCAUCCCUUACUUGGCGGAGGAGAAGAUGCUGGCUCAGCACCUGCAGGAGCAUUUGGAUAGCAAAACAAGAAUGUGCUUUAUUUGGAUUAAAACAAGAAUGUAGAAGAGGAAGAUGUUGAUGGAGAUGACGAAGAUUCUCCUAAGAAGACCAAGAAGGAAGAUAAGAACGAUCCAUAUGCUGAGUAUAUGACUUUAGACUCAAGACCUACAGGAGAAUUUGAGUCUUGGGAAGCAAAGAAAGUAAAGAUCUUGGCUGUGUUCAGACCUCAAACAGAGAACUAAGAAGUUAUGAUUGGUGACAACAGAGAUAGAGACAUUGAUAGACCCAUCAGAUUGGGAAAAGGUAAAUCUAGAAUGGAUCAACUUGAAAAGAGAAGCACAACUACAUCAAGAUCUAAUCAAGGAACUCUUAUUAGUGCAAGAGAUUUCACUUAGCAGUUGGAGAAGCUUAACAGAGAGAUGAAGAGAUUUUGGGAGAAGGAGGAUAAAGUUGCUUGCAUGAGAAUAGCCAUUUAAUGCGCAAAGCUUUUGAAUGAUGUUGAAACUCCACUCUUUUAUCCCCAAAAGUUUAUUUUGCUUACAGAUAUUCUUGACAAUUUUGGUUCACUUGUAUUUGGUAGAAUGAAAAAAUUGACUAAAGAACACUCCGGUGGAAAAAUCGUAAUUACUGAUGCCAAUGAGGAUCAAAUUGAUUAUACUAAGAUUCCAGAUAAGGUAAGAGAGAUCUGCAUGAACUGGUUUCUGAAAUCGGCUUGCAUUAGAGAAGUAUUACCUAGAAUUUAUCUUGAACUGGCUCUCGUCUCCUGCCACAGAUUCAUUCAAAGGAGAGUUUAGUAAGGAGAUCUUAUCAGACUUUCCAAGAUGAUUAGAGGUAUUGCUGAGCCACUUUGUGCCACUUAUACUUGUGCAUAUCUAGCAAGAGUAGGCCACUCUAUAGAUCCAAACUAAAAAGAAUACUUGAUGAAUAUGGUAGAGUUUGCGUACAAGCAUUACAACUAUGCCAUCAAGAACGGGCACUCAAAACUUUCUCAAGAGCAGUAUUUCAGUUUGUUCGAGCCAACUAUUGACUGGCUCUUCCAAUGUGUUGGUCAUAAUGCCAAUAAACAAACCUUCAUUAAAGUUUAUGAUAUGUACGAGAACAAUCCAAAGAAAGCAAUUUAUCUCAAAUCUAUCAUUAGAUACUUCCCAAGUGAGUUAAUUGCUUCCGCUACAACAACUGUGAUUGGAGCUAUUAAAGAUCAUUUCAUAUCGGAGGAUGAUAGACUAAGUUUGAUCAAGGAAAUGGGUCUGACCCUACUAAGAAGCCCACCUAAGAAAAAUUAAUCAAAGCUAGAUUUCAUUAACUUUGGUUGGGAUUAAUUUGCAAUUAAGAAUCUGAACUAGAAUUCAGUCAACUUAUUCAUCAAAGAAAUCUUUAGAAAGUUCUAAGACUUCGCUCUCUCAACCACUUCUGAUGAUGAUCUUUUCAAGAAGCUUGAAUUCUUACUUGUAAAAGUGAUGAUGACUGCUUAAGACUUUUCUGAAUUGAUUGGUUUUGAGAAUCUUUUGGGUCUGCUCAACUAUUUCCCUAUCAGUGUUAAAAACAAGCUUUGUGAAAUGAUGCUUAAAUUCUUUGUCGAUCAUCAUCCUAAACUCUAAGAUGGGUUCCUUAUUCAUUCAAUCUUUUAGAUAGCAAAAACUCUUCAUGAUAAAAUCGAUUCUAUGAGUUCUGACGAAGAAAUUAAGAGAAUUUCUAAGACACUGUGCAAGAUUAUCAGAAAGAUAGACUUUGGCAAGGAUUUUGACAAGACUUUAAUUGUGUACACAACAGCAAGAGGCUUGUUUAUCAAUUUAGAUGAAGUAACUGAGACUCUUAUCACAUAGGUCGUAAGUCUUGCAGCAAAAGCCCACUUCUAUGUUAAAGGAAAACAUUCUCAAAAAACUAUAUCAUUUGUUAAAGCCUGCAUUGCUUAUUCCCAUAUUACAAUUCCUACUUUAGAAAGCAUGGAUAAGUAGGUUUAGUAUUUCAUGCUUACAGCUUAAGUGGGUUUAAUGAAUGGUCUUCUAGGUGAAACUGACUCUCUCUUAAAGGGAGUCUUAUCAACUAUAGAUGAAAAUUUCGACUAAAAGAAGGUAAAUCAAAUCGCUGACACUAUAUUAAAUAUUCUUGGAUUCCUCGUAAUAGUACCUAGUAAUCCUGAGACUUCCUUUUUCUAAUUGGUUGAGGGAAUAUUGAGUCUCUUAAAGAAUCAUGAAUGGGGCUCAACUCAGCAUAUUUUAAAGACAAAAAUCCAUAUAGAAAUUGAAGUUAUAGUAUCCUAUAGUGUGAUUGGUAAUGAGGAGUUUAAAAGAGAAGCUACCUAACUCAUGGACUAUUGCUUUGAUCAAAUUCUAGAGAGUAUUGAAAAGCUUAAUGAUGUGAAACAAUCAUACUAUCCUGAGUUAUUCUAAAUCUGUAUUCUUGCAGCAAACACCUUAGUUUAAAACUGUGCGAUUUCUAAAAAGAUUGAUUCUUUUGUUAACAAAAUGUUUAAGAUGGCUGAUGGCUAUUUGACUGAGAACAACAAAGUCUCUGGUGAGAAAAUAAACAGAAAUGUGAUAAACCUCACUUUCGAAAACUUUAGGAAGAAGAAGGAGGUGUUUGCAGCAUAAUAGCAAAAUCAAACUAGUGGAGCAAGUGCUCAAUAGUAGAUGUAGCAACAGCCACCAAGACAAUCGGUUAGUUAGCAAUAGCAACAGCCAUAGAUGUAACAAAUGAAUCCAGCCUAGCAAUUGGCUCAAGCUAUGAAACAGAGAUAGAUGAUGUCAAGUUGA